GCCGACGCCGCCAUGUUGGUUGCUGGCGCUGCCCGGCUCUGUGCCCCGACGGGGCGGGCCGUGCAGGUGAAGGUUCAAUGAUGGAGGCGGUGACGGUGCGGGCGGCCGCGCUGCUGGUGCUGCUGCAGCCGGCGGUGAUGGCGGGGACAUUCUGGCACCUGACGGACCUACACUGGGAUCCCGGUUACGAGGAGGCGCUGUCGGCCGGGCAGCGCUGCCCGUCGGGGGGAUCCGGACCGGGGGGACCGUGGGGCAGCUACGAAUGUGAUGCGCCCUGGGCGCUGCUCAGCUCCGCUGUGAGCGCCAUGAAACGGCUGCGGGCACGGCCGGACUUUGUGCUAUGGACGGGGGAUGAUACUCCUCAUGUCCCUGAUGAGCAGCUCGGAGAAGAGAAGGUUCUGCACAUCAUCGCAAACCUGACCUCGCUGAUCAAACAGGUAUUUCCAGAUACUAAAGUCUUCGCAGCAAUGGGAAAUCACGACUUCCACCCCAAGAAUCAGUUUCCAGGGAAGGAGAACAGGAUCUACAACCAAACAGCAGAACUGUGGCGUUCAUGGUUGAAUGAAGCUUCAAUUCCUCUGUUCAGAGCAGGAGCUUUCUACAGUGAGAAGCUGCCCAGCCCAAAUACCAGGGGGCGAAUGAUUGUUCUCAAUACCAACCUGUACUAUGACCAGAACAGCCAGACAGCGGGUGAGGAAGAUCCCGGAGGGCAAUUCCAAUGGCUGGAGGAAACAUUGACCAACGCCUCUAAAGCAGAAGAAAUGGUCUAUAUUGUGGGUCACGUCCCUCCUGGUUUCUUUGAGAAGAAACGAGGCAAGCCGUGGUUCCGCAGGGAUUUCAAUGAGAGAUACUUGAAUAUAGUGCAGAAGCACCACGGGGUGAUUGCGGCCCAGUUCUUUGGACACCAUCACACUGACAGCUUCCGCAUGUUUUACAGCGAUACAGGUUCCCCAAUCAACGUCAUGUUCUUGGCUCCUGGAGUGACCCCUUGGAAAACAACGUUACCUGGAGUGACCAACGGAGCCAACAACCCUGGGAUCCGAGUGGUUGAUUACGAUGCAGACACCCUGCAGGUGCAGGACAUGGUGACUUAUUACCUGAACUUAACUCGUGCCAACCUGCUGGGCCCAGUAUGGGAGGAGGAAUAUCGGCUGAGCAGCGCCUUUCAGGUGCCUGAUGGCUCCACACAAUCCAUGCAGACGGUGUUGGACAGGAUAUCCGAGGAUGCAAAGUACCUGCAGCGAUACUAUGAGUUUAACUCUGUCAGAUACGAUCUCACCCCGUGUGGGGAGACCUGCCGCGUCGACCACGUUUGUGCCAUCAAGGAAAUUGAUUUCAGCAGAUACGAGCAGUGCCUGGAAGCCAACAGCUCCACCUCCGCCAUCAGCAGCAUUUGCCUUUUAUUCCUCUCUUUGCUCUUAGGGAUCUUUGGGCCCCAGCAAACACUGUAAGGACUGAGAGCACAGAGAGGAGGGCAGCUUCAUAGUGUGUGUGAAUCGGCAGCUUUUGGAAUUGGGAACUUAUUUGAGAACUGAGAAGUAAUCAGUGCUUUGUAGUAAAAGUUAAAGUGAUGUGA